CCGCUCCCCGCUCUCCGCUCUACUGCCAAUCUGCCAUGCCGACAGUCACAAUGGCAGCAUCUCUCGCCCGACUGGCUGCCAAUGGCGGCAGAAGAGCGGUGUUCCACCCCUCCCAGCGAACAGCGACCUCCCUUCGCGCCCUCUCGACAACGCCGGCAACUCGAUAUGCCACCCACUCAGAAACAGCGCCGCAGCCCCCAAACCCAAUCCGACAGGCAGGAGAAGUACGGAGUCCGCAGUCGACGCGAUUGAUACCCGUGGAUCCGUCCUUUGGCCACCCAGUCGACCCGUCAAAGAUGAACUUCAUCCAGCCAGAUGAGGCAGCAAAGACUCCCGAAGAACGAAAGAUCCGCCACUACACUGUCAACUUUGGCCCACAGCAUCCAGCAGCUCACGGUGUGCUGAGAUUAAUCCUUGAGCUCAAUGGAGAGGAGAUUGUGCGCGCAGACCCCCAUGUCGGUCUGCUGCACAGAGGAACCGAGAAGUUGAUUGAGUACAAGACAUAUAUGCAGGCUCUGCCAUACUUCGACCGAUUGGACUAUGUCUCUAUGAUGACCAACGAGCAAUGCUUCUCGUUGGCUGUGGAGAAAUUAUUGAACAUCGAAAUUCCCGAGCGAGCAAAGUGGAUUCGAACAAUGUUUGCAGAAAUCACACGAAUCUUGAACCAUCUCAUGUCGGUCCUCUCCCACGCUAUGGAUGUUGGUGCUCUGACGCCUUUCUUGUGGGGUUUCGAGGAGCGUGAGAAGCUUAUGGAAUUCUACGAACGUGUCUCUGGCGCCCGUCUCCACGCAGCCUAUGUCCGACCAGGUGGUGUCUCCCAAGAUAUACCAGUCGGCCUCCUCGACGACAUUUACCAGUGGGCCACUCAAUUCGGAGACCGCAUCGAUGAGACCGAGGAAAUGCUUACUGAUAAUCGUAUUUGGAUCGGAAGAACCAAGGGUAUUGGUGUCGUCCCAGCCGCUGACGCUCUGAACAUGUCCUUCUCCGGUGUUAUGCUUCGAGGUUCUGGUAUCCCAUGGGAUGUACGAAAGUCGCAGCCAUACGACGCAUACGACCAAGUUGAGUUCGAUGUUCCAGUUGGCGUUAACGGUGACUGCUAUGACCGAUACCUUUGCCGAAUGGAGGAGUUCAGACAAUCACUACGCAUCAUCCACCAAUGCUUGAACAAGAUGCCAGCUGGCCCAGUCAAGUUUGAGGACUACAAGAUCUCACCGCCGCCACGAGCUGCCAUGAAGGAGAACAUGGAAGCACUUAUUCAUCACUUCCUGCUCUUCAGCAAGGGAUACACAGUCCCACCAGGCGAAACCUACUCUGCCAUAGAGGCACCGAAGGGAGAGAUGGGUGUCUACGUCGUGUCAGACGGAAGCGAACGACCAUACCGAUGCAAAAUCCGAGCACCGGGCUUCGCCCAUUUGUCAUGCUUUGAUCAAAUAUCAAGAGGGCACUUGCUUGCAGACGCCGUCGCUAUCAUUGGAACUAUGGAUCUCGUAUUUGGUGAGGUCGACCGAUAGCGCGAUUUCGAAAAGUAGGGAGGAUUUGAAGCAUCAGGUGUGUACAUAUGUUACAUCAUACCUCAUCGGCGUUACACGGCGCAUUGCGCCUAGACGCAUACUUCGGCCUGGUGGCAUGUAGAUUCAAAGACCAAAGAUUCCAUUGUGUUCAAACUA